AUGUCUUAUGAAGGUUUGCUCGGGAUUCAGGCAUGUACUGGAUCGUGGAGUACAACAUCUAACCCUACCGAUAUCCCAGGAAUGAUCGUGGCUUCUGACGAGGCGCCUAUGAAAGGUAGUGAUGACACCGAUCCUGACUAUACUCCAGCUGAGCACCCAUCCGAGCCUAAUUACACUCCAGAUGCUGGACUUGAGCUUCUCAGCUCAGAUUAUGAGUUAGAUGUGGAUGAGGAAGAUAUUCCACCUCGCUGGAGAUAUCACCACCCUGCCCAUCUCCUUCACAUUGAUUUUUCACAGCACACAAUACUAGUACUCGGGUGA